CCACCACCUCGCUCCCUGCUCCUCAGUCGUGCAACAUGACUUCGCCGCUACAUCAACGCGGAGAUCUUCUUGCUGACGCUUGGCGGACGACUGACCCGCUGCAGCGCGGCACCGGCGCAUGCCUGCGCGUGGUCAGCAAGUUGAGUCCGAGCGCCGCUCCAGAUGCAGCAGCCGUCGGGAAGCGUGCAUGAGCGGCCAAGAGCACCCCAAGGCGCGGCAAGCCGACGGGAAGCAGAAGCGAGGCCGUUGGCUGGCUCAUGUCAUGCUGUCAGCGAGGCCACUCCGUGCCAAGCACCUGCUCUGCUGCCACUCCGCGCCCUCGAGACAGGCAUGCACCGCACGCCGCCAGGUCCGCCUCGACUGCGCUCUCGGCGCGUACCACAGGUUGGCCUCGGCGUCGGUGACGCUAAGCAUUCUCCGCGAAGACCGACGACGCAUCUGCAAUCACUCUCGCUCCCAUGCCAGGAGCGCCCGUCAAGGGCUCGGACAGUCCCGCACCCCACACGUGCGAGCCGGGCCGACUCCUGGCGUUGACGUGCUCUCGCGGACGAGACCGCGAGUCCAGACGGCCACGCAUCCACAGGCGUUGCCUUCAUUGCGCGGCCAGAGCUGGCUUACUCGAGGCUGCUCUGGCUUCUCCGCAGCGCCAAGAUCCGUCUGCAUCGGCGUCGAGAUGAGCAACUGCUUCGAGGCGGGCCCCUCGGAGCCGUCGGAAGCGUGCAGUCCUUCUCCGCAUUCGACCUGUCCACCUAGCCGCGGCAAUCAGGAUGCGCCACGGACAGCAAUCAGAGCGUACGUCGCAGUCCUCUCAGUCCUCCAGGCUCGAUUUUGACUGCACGAGACCGGGGCGGGUCAGAACGCAACUCGCAGCGAGAAGCUGCACCCGCCCGUCUUGUUGUCGCAAGAGCCCCACCGACUUGUCACCGAAAUGCGAAUUGCGCUCGACUCCGCAGCAGGGGUCGGGGAGCGGAGAGUUGCACGCUCGACGGUGCCCUUGUCCUCUCAACGCUGACGCUGCGGCAGCGCAUGUGUUCAUGCGUGGCGUGUGCGGAGUGCAAA